AUGAAUUUCAUUCUUAAAAGAGGAGAUUUAUAAAGUAUUCAAGAAAUUUGAGUUAUAGCUAAAAUUAAACCUAAGAUAUCUAAUAAUACUGGAUUGCCACCACUUCUUUCUCCAAAAGUAAAAAUUGAUCCGACAAUUACAACUAAAAUUCCAAUGAGUUUUCGAUCACCUUCUCAAUUGAAAAAGCUAUCAAUUGAGAAGAAGUAAGAUAAUCGGCCAGUUACAGACAAUUCUCAAAAAUAGAAAAGUUAUUCCUCAACUAAAAAUUUUAAAGUUUAAGGAAUGAUAAUUCGCAAACUUAAAAAUUAUCAAGUUAAAUUUGUAAAAAAUAAUACAGAAUCUUAAGAAAUGAUAGAAAAUAAAUUUUAAAGUCCAGCAAUUAGAAUGAUAGAAUUCCCAAUUAAUGGUAUAUAUGAAAAUUAAUAUAGACUUUUAGGAUGAUACAAUCAUAAAAGAAGAGUGUGUAUCAAAAAUUGAAUCCUUUAUGGAGAAUAGAUUUACUGCAAUGAAAAAUCAAUCCUUCUCUAGUUCUUAGAAAUAAGCUAUAGAAUCUAGUAGUUCAAAUAAAAUUGUUAAUGAUUCAUCUACAUAUUCAUAAUUCAAUUUUUCAUAAUAAAAUCCAAGCUUUACCGAAGGAGAAAUGAUUGGAGCAGGAUCUUUUGGAUAAGUUUACAUAGCAUAGGAAAAUAAAACAGGCAAAAUAUAUGCUGUUAAGAAGAUUAAUUUAAAAGGAGACUUUGAAUAAGAAGAUUUGUAGGGAUUGAAAAGUGAAAUCGAUUUAUUGAAGAGAAUAAAGCAUAAAAAUAUAAUAAGAUAUGUUUGGAAUUAAGAAAAUGAAGAGUAUUAAUUACUGUAUUUAGAAUAUAUGUCUUAAGGUUAAUUUUUAUAAUAAAAUAGGUACAUUAACUUAAUUGACAGAAAAGUUUGGACCUCUAAAUUUAAAUACAAUUAGAUCAUAUUCUGAAUAAUUGUUAUCAGCCAUAGCAUAUCUUCAUGAUAAUAAUAUUAUUCAUAGAGACAUAAAAGGUGGGAAUGUGUUGCUAGGAGUUAAUGGUGAGAUUAAAUUAGGAGAUUUUGGUUGUAGUAAAAUAAAAGAGAAAACAAUAUCGAGAUCUAAAUAAGGAGGGAAUAUCUUGCAUUCAUUAAAGGGAAGCAUUCCUUAUAUGGCUCCUGAAGUAACGAUAACUAUUAACUCUAAAGGUGGCUAGUUAGGAUGAA